GGAGAAGGGGAGGUGAAGGGGAGGGAGGAGGAGGAGGAGGGGGAGAGGGGGUGAGAGAGGAGGUGACUCUCCGGCAGCAUUUAGACACAACGAAAGGAUCAUGGCGGAUGGCCCCAGGUGUAAGCGCAGAAAGCAGGCGAACCCGAGGAGGAACAACGUGACUAACUACAAUAAUGUGGUGGAAGCCGGCUCAGAUUCAGAUGAUGAGGACAAGCUGCACAUUGUGGAGGAGGAAGGCAGCCUGGCGGAUGGGGCAGACUGCGACAGCACCCUGCCAGACGACGAGCACCCCAGGGAGCACUGCUGGGACGGAGGGAAGGAGGAUUGUGUGUCAGACGGUGAGGAUGAUGUGAGCACAGAUGCCCUGGUGGAAGAGAUGCUCCAGCAAGGAGACACAGCCGUUAUCUACCCAGAGGCCCCAGAGGACGAGCCACAGCGGCAGGGCACCCCUGAUGCCAGCGUCCAUGACGAGAACGGAACUCCCGAUUCCUUCUCUCAGCUGCUCACCUGCCCGUACUGCGCUCGUGGCUACAAGCGUUACAGCUCUCUGAAGGAGCACAUCAAGUACCGGCACGAGAAGACUGAAGAGAGCUUCAGCUGUCCCGAGUGCAGCUACAGCUUUGCAUACCGCGCUCAACUGGAGAGGCAUAUGACAGUCCACAAGGCUGGACGGGAUCAGAGACACAUCACACAGACAGGCGGCAAUCGUAAAUUCAAGUGCACUGAAUGUGGCAAAGCAUUUAAAUACAAGCACCAUCUGAAGGAGCACCUACGCAUCCACAGCGGAGAGAAACCCUAUGAGUGCUCCAACUGCAAGAAGCGGUUCUCCCACUCAGGUUCAUACAGCUCUCACAUCAGUAGUAAGAAGUGCAUCAGCGUCAUCUCAGUUAACGGCAGACCACGCUUGGGGAACGCCAAAACCCAGACCCAGGGUCCAUCACCAGUGCUGUCCACACCACCAUCAGUCCUCCGCACCCAGAUUAGGGAGAAGCUGGAGCACAGCAAGCCCCUGCAGGAGCAGCUGCCCCUCAACCAGAUCAAGACUGAGCCUGUGGACUACGAGUACAAGCCGACGGUGAUAACGUCCCCAGCUGUGACUGCCAUGAAUGGUGGGGUUUUCAAUGGAGGCGCUGCGGCUCCUCUGCAGGGCACAGUGCAGGCCGUGGUCCUGCCCACUGUGGGGCUGGUGUCACCCAUCAGCAUCAACCUGGCAGACCUGCAGAAUGCUCUCAAAGUGGCAGUGGACGGUAAUGUCAUUCGUCAGGUGCUGGAAAACAAUGCCAAAGGCCAGGGGCAGGUGAACUCGGGGUUAACCACUGGAACGCUCCACCCUCCGCAGCAGCAACUCAUCUCAGCCAUCAGUCUGCCUAUUGUGGGUCAGGAUGGAAAUGCAAAAAUCAUUAUAAACUACAGUUUAGACCAGGGCCAGCUCACAGCCCAAAACCUGAAGAAAGAGCCUGAGCCAGUCUCACCAGCUCAGACCACCACUGACACCUUCAAGUCCCAGAAACUCCCAGAAGAUCUUACAAUCAGAGGCACCAGGUCCAAUGAGACUAAAGAAAAAGAGGAAAAGACCACUAAGACUUGUCUCCUGUGUGAUAACUGUCCUGGUGGGCUGGAAGCACUCCAUGCCCUCAAGCACUGCAAGAAGGAUGGUCUCAGGCUAAAUGGAGCAGGCCUGGAUAAGUCUGAGUCUGCUGUUGCUGCCCUGCUGUCAGAAGGAGGACUCUGCAGCCAGCCCAAGAACCUCUUGUCCCUGCUCAAGGCCUACUUUGCCUUAAAUGCAGAGCCCACCAAGGAUGAGCUGGCCAAGAUCUCUGACUCAGUCAGCCUGCCAAUCCAUGUGGUUAAGAAGUGGUUUGACAAAAUGCAGGAGGGUCAGAUAUCACUGGGUGCCCCAACACCUCCUUCAGAGGAAGAGGACACCUGUGAAGCCAACAGUGUGGUGUCUCUGGUCCCAGGGAAGGACACAUCCACUAUGAGCCCCUCUGUCACGCAGGACAGCCCUACGGAAGCUACCCCAGCAGAGAUCAAUGGUGCUCACAGCUCGCCGGCCCCCCCCUCGCCACUAAACCUGACAGCUGGUGGUCCGGUGCCAGCCCAGCCACCCCAGAGCACUGAGGGACCCCUAGACCUGUCGCUGCCAAAGCCCUGCAGAGAGGAAGCGGAGAGAGUGGUGGCUAAAGCCAGCGUUUACCCCUCCCCCUCCUCUUGCUCAACCAAUGAGGAUGAACCCCUAAACUUAACUUGCACAAAGAAAGAGGCAUCACCACUCUCAGUCAUGAGCACCAGCCCCGUCGCACUGUACGCCAGCCAGCCAAGUGCCAAACCCCUCGACAUUGUGGCCACAAUGCAAUGCCUAAGGGCUCUAGCCACCAACAACAAACAGACUAUCCUGAUCCCCCAGCUGGCUUACACCUAUACCACUACAGCAAACAGCCCUGCAGGGACCGAGAUGCAUGAAACCAUCCACCUCAACGGAGUGAAGGAGGAGAAACAGGACACAGGCUCAGAGGGCGUGUCUACUGUGGAGGAGCAGAAUGACUCAGACUCAGGCCCUCCGAGGAAGAAGAUGAAGAAGACGGACAGCGGCAUGUACGCCUGUGACCUGUGCGACAAGAUCUUCCAGAAGAGCAGCUCGCUGCUGAGACACAAAUACGAACACACAGGGAAGCGACCUCACGAGUGCGGCAUCUGCAGCAAGGCCUUCAAACACAAACACCACUUGAUCGAACACAUGCGGCUUCACUCGGGGGAGAAGCCGUACCAGUGUGACAAGUGCGGCAAGCGCUUCUCCCACUCAGGCUCCUACUCCCAGCACAUGAACCACCGCUACUCCUACUGCAAGAAGGAGACGCAGAAUCAAGGAGAAGGCCGGGAGAGCCCAGAGGAGGACGCCGAGGCCCAGGCUGAGAUGGAGGCCCUGAGCCGGGCACAGAGGCAGCACCUGGUCCCUUCCCAGCUGGAUUUGGAUGAGCGAGGAAGCAGCACAAGGGAGGAUGAGAGCGAGGAAGAGGAGGAGGAGGAGGAGGAAGGAGUGGUGGACAUGAACGACAUCCAGGUGGUGCAGAUAGGGGACGAAGGGGGGGAUGAGGAGGAAGAGGAAGAAGAGCAAGGGGACAGGAAUGAGGAGGGGAUGGAGAGAGUGAUGGUGGAAGGGGGAGGAGAGGAGAAAACAGAGAUAGAAAUGAAAUCGGACGAAGAGGAGGCCGACACAAGACAGGAGGAGGUGCUCGGGAGCCUUCAAGAAGAGGAGGAUGUCAAGAUGGAGGAAGAUGGGGCGAUGGAUACAGAGGGAGGGGUGACGGAAGAGGAGAAAGCAGAGGGGGAGGUCACAGAGGAGAGCGGAGGUGAAACAAACAGGAACAUGGUUUCUGAAGAUGAGAACCAGACGCCACAGGAGAAAGGAGAUACUGACUAAAAGAGGAACCAGACUCCUCCAUGAGACACAAUCAGAUUCCUCCUCUCCCUGCGCAGAGGAAGAAUGCAGGAGAUGAUGUCUGGUCACUCUGACAGUUCGGUUCAGUUCACUACUGUGUAGAAAUCCAGGUGUGCCUGAAAAAAUACUAGUGACUUUUCCACAGGAGAAUGAUUUCUCACUGUUAUAAAAAUCCAUUUGUAAAGAAAAAGAUGAAGACGAACAUGAAUUUUAACAAAGGAAAUGCAUUAUACAGACUUUGGAAGCUAGAGCCGACAUGUUUUAGAUAAUGUUUUAUUACUAAAACACCUUGGGUCAUUUCUUUUUAUCAGUGUUACUAAUUUUAUCACUCAUAUUUUAACCUUUAAAAGCUGUACAGUUGGGAGAUAUUUCUAUACCUUUUUAUUGCCAAUGAACAAAAAAAGUCAGUAUUUUAUUAAGUUGGAAGGAAAAUAAGAAAAAUCCUGUGCACUACAAGUGGCUUGGUUUACCUAUGGAUAAAGCAGUUGAGUUGUGUUGUCUACCCUUCAGUAUUACCGCACUAGAUAUACCACGCCAUCACGCUAGCAGAUGUUAGCAUUACUUUUUUGGUGUUAUUUUGAUUGGAUCGUGAGCCUUAAGAAGAAAAACAUUGACGGACAGAUGGGUCUUUUCAGUUGUUUAGUUCCUUUUAGACUUUUAGACGCAUUUUUGUCAAAUCAUUGUUUUAUAGGAAUAGUUUGACGGUUUGGGAAAUGUGCUUAUUUGCUGUCUUUGUGAGAGUUAGAUGAGAUGAUACCAAUGCCAAUCUCAUACCUGCACAGUAAAUAUAUGGCUACAGCCAGCAGUGAUGUAGCUUAGCUUAGCAUGAGGACAAGAGGACAGGGAAACUGCUCCACACUCCAGUCCUGCAGGUGUCCAUAAUGCACUUGUAAGCUGGUUUGGAUAAAACCCAAAGAUGAUGAUGAAGAAGCAGCUAGCUUAAAUUCACAAAUAAACAAGUUAUCGCUUGUCUGUUUAAGCAGACAAGCAAUUGCAUUUAUGGCGAAAAUAUGAGAGUGGUAUCUAUCUUCUCGUCUAAGUAAACAAAUGAGCAGAUUUAGCGAAAUGUCAAACUAUUGCUUUAAAUGUUCAGAGUGACAGAAAGGAGAUGUAGAAAACUGUCUGACCCUCCCUAUACUUACCCCUCCUCCCUCUGAGCCUUAUGCAAAAAAAUCAAACUAAAACAAGAGAAACAUGCAUAUCAAAAGUGCCACAGAAUAUUGCUGUUGAAGCUUAGCAGCUAUGAUCAGGUAUUGCCGGGUCCCAGAUCAACCAAUAAGCCGGAAUACUGUUGACUCUGGCUCGCCACCGCACCUGAGAGAGCAGAAUUUAGCCUACCACAUAUCCAUGUAUCACAGACUUUAGAUGACUUUCUUUCAUUUCUACUCUGAGCGACUAAAAGAGAUACAAUGCACAUGUUUUCAAAUGGAUGAUGAUGAAGUAUGAUUUCUAAUUGUUAACUGUGUCCUGCCUUUUUUCAAAGCUUAUUCAGUGCACUUGUUUAACACACCAUAAAAUGCUCAGAUGUCUCUUCAGGUAACAAAAUGUAGGCAAAUAUGAAUCCCAGGAGUUUGAUUCAACAAAGUUUUUACCUGUCAGUAUUAUUUUUGUCUCUUAUGUUGUUUUAUGUUCUGUUUCAAUGUGUGUACUGUAUGUUUUCAGCAAUGGCAGUAUUAUCCCCACCCCCAACGAGAUGGGUAUGUCUGUUUAGUCAUAGAGAACUUUUAUAUUUAUGUGUCUUAUUUUUUAUAUUUCUUUAUGGUUAUUUAUUACACUAUGUAGUGUACAAUACUGUAGUUUGUAUUAAUACGAUAAUAUAUUUUAGUAUGGAAAAAAGAUUCAAAGGCAAAUAACUACAAGCCUGGAAAAUGAGACUCCGGCAUACUGAAGUAUGUUUUUCGAACGAACAAAAUUAUGUUUUUCCUCGGGAAAAAAAGAAACUUGCACCCUGCAAGCCUGAAAAUUGGAACCUGUGACCUCUCUGCAUCCAUUCUCAUGUUAGUUUAGUUUUCUUUCCCCUCUCUAAUAUAAAGCUACUGAACUUUUGAAAACUAAUUGUAUGUCUAAUAGCAUGAGUGUGUGCUGUUGUAUUGAAGGAUGAUGCUUAACCACACAAACUGUCCUUUUUGCCAAGCCAAAAUAAUAUUGACGUAUGUUCUUAUGUUUUUAUUUGUGCCAAUUUGUUACUUUAUAUGUCAGUGUCAAGACCACACCCUUUUAUAUGCCCCUUCCCUUUUAACACCCUCAUCUUUUUUUUUAUAGUGAUUGUUUUUGUUUUUCUUUUUUUGUUCAUUUUUUAUGACUCCCCAUCUCACAAUAAAAUACAUCAAUUACAAGCUG